AAGCAAAAGUACGAAAGUAGAGAAUGAGAUGGAAUAAACCUGGGAAUUGUGUUGUACCAGCAAGAAUUUUAAAGCGUAGUGGAAAACAACAUACUCUUGUUCACUUCUUUCCAAGUAACUUUCACUCCACAAACAACAAUGGAGAACCGCGCUACUCUGACGGAGGAGCUGGUCCUGAACCGGGCGAAGUGUGCCAGCCUGGACCAGGUGAAAAAUCUGAACUUGUGGGGCAACGAUUUGGCGGACGUUUCCUUAGUGGAGAAGUUGCCGGCGCUGGAGGUCUGCUCCCUGUCCGUGAACAAAAUCCACAGUCUCCGGCCCUUCGCGAAGUGCGUCCACCUCCGUGAGCUUUAUCUCCGGAAAAACGACGUGAAAUCUCUAGAAGAGAUCCAGUUCCUGGAGAAGUUGCCGGAGUUGCGCGUCCUGUGGCUCGCGGACAAUCCCAUCGCCGAAAUUCCCGACUACAAGGACUACGUGCUCAGCCGGCUCCCGAACUUGCAGCGGCUAGAUUCCGACGUGUACACCAGUGCUACUACUUCAGGGGCGAACUCGGCCUCGAGCGACGGCGAUCUAACCGGGGACGCGAACUAUUCCGUUGGCGGCCUGUAUUCGGCCCGGGGCGGCGGUAAUUCUCACGCCGGUGCCGGCACGGCUUCGCCCUCGGCACAUGGAGGUAAUCCCGUCAACCUGAUCACAGGGACAUCCAAAGCCGGACCGUCCAGUGGCGGUGGAGCUUCAACCUUCCGAGGCCAAAAUAACGCACCGGGCAGUGCGCGACCCAAGCUCCGCGCGCGGCGGUCCAGCAUUACAGCGGGGAGUGACGGGCCGGGAAGCGUGAAAAAAAGGACCGCACAGGAAAUCCACGAGGCGAUAUGGAAGGAUCAGAAUCCGCACAUGUCGUAUAGGUUUUUUUUGUUAAAAAUGUUUCGUGUUGCAUGAGUGAUGUAAUUGCAUGACAAACUUACUGAUUCGAAAGAUGCAAAAAAACAAACCACAGCACUCUGGACUCGCGGCACAUGAAGGACAUGUCAACGGCAGCGACGAAGGGCGGCGGUAAGAUUCCGGAUAUUGAGCUAGUACUGCACCCGAACCACGAGCGGCGAUGGCAACAGCAGCAGCAGCAACUGUUAGGUGGUACGACUUCACAGCAACUAUCGCAGGACAUCACGACACAAACGCCGUUGAAAGAGAAAGCGAAAAAAAGCUCCCUCGACGGGAAUGCCAACGACCACGAGAGCGCUAGAGCUAGCGCGACGGUGGAAACCGCGGGGCGCAGGCUUGGUGGCGUCGAGAGGGCAGCGCCGGAGGUUUAUAUCGAUUGAUACUUCUGUUUUUGUUGCCAUGACGACAGGCUUCGAGGCAAAAGAUCAAGUGCGAUGCUGGACCACAAUUGUAAAAACAAUCUCCACUCUGUAUGAAUCAACCGUCCACGAAGAAAUAAAAAUACACAGGAUGUGCAGCGAGGAGAGCAGUUUCAUGCGGGAAAUAAUUCCACUCAGAGGCCAAAGAGGCCCGGGUCGCCGGAAGUUCUACCACCCAGGAGCACAAAAGGCGCUUCUGCUCGCGAUGUGAGCAAACCAACCGAGCGCAGCGACAACAUCCUGUGUGCAAUUAUGGCCUUGUUACAGGAGGUAGACUCGGACGGCUUGAAGAUGGUCAUAAACAGCUGUGAAAAGCUUCUCGAGCAGUAGUUUUUAGAACCACUACAACUGUUGACGCAGUAGGGAGAAAUGCAGAAGAAGGUAAAGAGUACGUACACGUAGCGCCACACUGAUGAACCUAGAAGAGUUUUCCCAUAUGAUUGAGCACUAGUACGAACACCAGAACAAGACGGAUCUAAGCGCCGCCGGAGUCACUUUUGCAUCACGAAAACGAAAUCCACUACGCAGCAGAGCUUUUCGUUGUCGUGAUUAUAAUUCAGUCGUUCUCUCGGUGUAAAUGUAAAGGAGUCAAGAAAAAGAAAAUUCGGUGUUUCGUAUCCUGUGAAAAUUCGAUUUUCGCAUGAUAGAUUCUAUCGUCGUCGUCGUCCAGACAACGUAGCAGGCCGUUCGUGCCCGGCUCUGCAAGUUUUUCGGUUCGUGCGCAAAGGUUGUCUGUCGUUCAUCCGAAGGAGCGGCUUGCUGGCUGCUCGUUUCGCUGUGAAGAAGCG